AUGGCUGAAAGCGUUGCGGCUUCAACUCCUUCCUCGCUGCCGUCGGCGCCCCAGCCUGCUGCUGGAGUUCAGAACCAGCAGUACGAGACCGCUCAGGGUAACGGUCAGGCCAACCCGUCCCACAUGCCUCCGCCACCACGCCCCCCGGUGAUCAUCCCCCAGAAUACCAACCCCAUCCCCACGGCCAUGACCUCGCCCAUGUCGGGUGCCAUGAUGUCUCCUACAAGCGCUGGUGGCUAUGUGCGUCGGGCGGCCCCCGAGCCCAACAAGCGCGCUCUCUACGUUGGCGGCCUGGACCCCCGUGUGACAGAAGACAUUCUCAAGCAGAUUUUUGAGACGACUGGCCACGUGGUUAGCGUCAAGAUCAUCCCCGACAAGAAUUUUAACAACAAGGGCUACAACUACGGCUUCGUCGAAUUCGAUGACCCCGGUGCCGCUGAGAGAGCCAUGCAAACUUUGAACGGACGUCGCAUUCACCAGUCGGAAAUCCGUGUCAACUGGGCCUAUCAAGGCAACAACACCAACAAGGAGGAUACCUCAAACCACUUCCACAUCUUCGUCGGCGACCUGAGCAACGAAGUCAACGAUGACGUCCUGUUGCAAGCCUUUUCCGCCUUCGGCACCAUUUCCGAGGCUCGUGUUAUGUGGGACAUGAAGACUGGUCGCUCGCGUGGCUACGGAUUCGUUGCCUUCCGCGACCGUGGAGAGGCUGACAAGGCGCUAAAUGCGAUGGAUGGGGAGUGGCUGGGCUCUCGUGCCAUUCGUUGCAACUGGGCCAACCAGAAGGGCCAACCGUCCAUUUCUCAACAACAGGCCAUGGCUGCUAUGGGAAUGACCCCCACCACUCCGUUCGGCCACCACCACUUCCCUACCCAGGGUAUUCAGAGCUACGACAUGGUUGCUACACAGACCCCACAGUGGCAGACUACCUGUUACGUGGGCAACCUGACCCCGUAUACCACCCAAAACGACUUGAUCCCGCUGUUCCAGAACUUUGGCUAUGUCCUUGAGACUCGUCUUCAAGCCGACCGAGGAUUCGCCUUUGUCAAGAUGGACUCGCAUGAGAACGCCGCCAUGGCCAUCUGCCAGCUCAAUGGAUACAACGUCAACGGCCGUCCUCUCAAGUGCAGCUGGGGCAAGGACCGACCUCCUACCGGUCAGUUUGAUAACUUCACUGCGCCCCAGGCCAACCCCGGAUUUAACAACAGCCCCGCUGGCUUCUUCCCCCAGUACGGUGGUCCCCAAAAUCCCAUGAAUCAAGGUCCUGCCCCUGCUGGCCGAGGCUGGGAUCAACAAGGCAAUAACUUUGGCGGACCUGGUAUGCCUGGACAGGGCUAUCCUCAGGGCAAUGCCGGAGGUUAUGGGCGUGGCCAGCCCAUGUCCCCGUCUGGUAACUGGGACCAGUCCAACAACAACUUCAAUGGAGGCUACCAGGCGUAA